UUCCCACUACCACCAUAUCCACCAAGCAAAAAAGCUGCUCCCGAGGAAGAAAAGUUUGGAGAGAGAAAACUAGAGAGAGAAAGCAAAGAAUGGAGGGGAAAGAGGAGGAUGUGAAGCUCGGAGCGAACAAGUUUACCGAGAGGCAGCCUAUAGGGACCUCUGCCCAGUCAAAGGACUACAAGGAGGCGCCACCGGCCCCGCUGUUUGAGCCCGGAGAGCUCCAGUCGUGGUCCUUCUGGAGGGCCGGCAUUGCCGAGUUCAUGGCUACUUUCUUGUUUCUUUACAUCACAAUUUUGACUGUGAUGGGGGUUUCAAAGUCUGGAAGCAAGUGUUCCACUGUUGGUAUUCAGGGAAUUGCAUGGGCUUUUGGUGGGAUGAUCUUUGCCCUUGUCUACUGCACUGCUGGCAUCUCUGGUGGGCACAUAAAUCCUGCUGUGACAUUUGGUCUGUUCCUGGCAAGGAAGUUGUCCCUGACCAGGGCAAUUUUCUACAUUGUGAUGCAAUGCCUUGGUGCAAUCUGCGGUGCUGGCGUUGUCAAGGGCUUCCAGCCUUCUCUCUACCAGACUAAGGGCGGUGGUGCAAACGUUGUUGCCCAUGGUUACACCAAGGGUGAUGGCCUUGGUGCUGAGAUUAUUGGGACUUUUGUCCUUGUCUACACCGUCUUUUCGGCCACUGAUGCCAAGAGGAACGCCAGAGACUCUCAUGUCCCUAUUUUGGCUCCACUUCCAAUUGGAUUCGCUGUGUUUCUGGUUCACUUGGCAACCAUUCCCAUCACCGGAACCGGCAUCAACCCUGCCCGCAGCCUUGGCGCAGCUAUCAUUUACAACAAAGAUCACGCAUGGGAUGACCACUGGAUCUUCUGGGUUGGACCUUUCAUCGGAGCUGCACUUGCUGCCCUCUACCACCAGGUGAUAAUCAGAGCCAUCCCAUUCAAGAGUGGCCACUGAAUAUAGACAGCCUUGUUCAUGUUAUGGGCUUUGAGGUGUUGCAGUUGGUGCUUAAGUGUGAGAGAGACUGCUGAUUUCCUGUCUUGCUUUUGUCAUGUAGGAUUGUGUUUAUUGUAGGAGUCACUUUUAUGUAUUUUAUUGGAUUUCUUGGAGCUCUUGGUUGUGUGUAAAGAAUUGGGAUUAUUGUAAUGUGGCUUUCCUUUCCUUUCAAA